CCCCCGGGCGCCACCUCCCGGGUCUGCGCGCGGCCGCCAGCCCAGCCGCAGUCCGCAGGAGCCGCGGCCGCAGCUGGCGGUGGGGCGGGAUUCCCUGGGCUGUCGCAGGGCGCCAGGCUCGACUCUCCCGCGCCUGUGCUUUCGCCCGCCGCGGCUUGCUCCUCGCUGCGUCGGUCCGCGGGUCGGAUCCGGCUGUCCAGCUCGCCCUCCAGCUUCGAACCGAGGCUCCACGGCCGCCGCAGGGACCCGCCCACCAGUCCCUGCCCGGUGCCCGUCCGCACCCUGCCGUUGAUGACACCUGGCGGAAGACUACCAUGGAGGGGGAUGGUUCGGACGGGCUGGUUACCAUUAAGAAUAUUGAAAGAGAGCUCAUUUGCCCAGCAUGCAAGGAGCUGUUUACCCACCCAUUGAUUCUCCCCUGUCAACAUAGUAUCUGUCAUAAAUGUGUAAAAGAACUCUUACUGACUCAUGAUGACUCAUGCAAUGAGGUGGGAUCAGACAACUCCAAUCAGAGCAGUCCUCGACUUCGGCUCCCUUCCCCUAGCAUGGAUAAAAUUGAUAGAAUUAGCAGACCAGGCUGGAAGCGCAGUUCAUUGACCACGAAGACAACUACUUUUCCUUGCCCUGGCUGUGAGCAUCAUGUGGAUCUUGGAGACCGAGGAAUCAGCGGCCUGUUUCGAAAUUUCACUUUGGAAAGUAUUGUAGAAAGAUAUCGGCAGGCAGCGAGGGCGGCCACGGCCAUUAUGUGUGACCUUUGCAAACCGCCACCUCAGGAGUCCACAAAAAGCUGCAUGGAUUGUAGUGCAAGCUACUGCAACGAGUGCUUCAAAAUCUAUCACCCCUGGGGCACUGUGAAGGCUCAGCAUGAGUACGUGGGCCCAACCACCAAUUUUAGACCCAAGAUUUUAAUGUGCCCAGAACACGAAACAGAGAGAAUAAACAUGUACUGUGAACUAUGUAGGAGGCCGGUUUGUCAUCUCUGCAAGUUGGGUGGUAAUCAUUCCAAUCACCGCGUAACCACUAUGAGCAGUGCCUACAAAACCUUGAAGGAAAAGCUUUCAAAGGAUAUUGAUUACCUUAUUGGUAAGGAGAGCCAGGUGAAGAGUCAGAUUUCUGAACUAAAUUUGUUAAUGAAAGAAACAGAGUGUAAUGGAGAGAGGGCUAAAGAAGAGGCAAUUACACAUUUUGAAAAGCUCUUUGAAAUUCUGGAAGAGAGGAAGUCAUCUGUGUUAAAAGCAAUUGAUGCUUCUAAGAAACUGAGAUUAGACAAAUUUCAGACUCAAAUGGAGGAGUAUCAGGGGCUUCUAGAGAACAAUGGGCUUGUGGGAUAUGCCCAAGAAGUGCUGAAGGAGACAGACCAGUCUUGCUUUGUACAGACAGCUAAACAGCUCCACCUCAGAAUACAGAAAGCUACGGAAUCUUUGAAGAGCUUUAGACCGGCAGCGCAGACUUCUUUUGAAGACUAUGUUGUUAAUACAUCUAAACAAACAGAACUCCUUGGAGAAUUGUCGUUUUUCUCUAGUGGCAUAGAUGUGCCAGAGAUCAAUGAGGAACAGAGCAAAGUUUAUAACAAUGCCUUGAUAAAUUGGCACCAGCCAGAAAAGGAUAAAGCUGAUAGCUACAUUCUGGAGUAUCGGAAGAUUAAUAGAGAUGAUGAAAUGUUGUCAUGGAAUGAGAUACAAGUGUGUGGCACAAGUAAAGUCAUUUCAGAACUUGAAAGCAAUAGUAUUUAUGCUUUCAGAGUGAGAGCCUAUAAGGGUUCAGUAUGUAGUCCUUGCAGCAGGGAAUUGGUUCUUCACACUCCUCCAGCUCCAGUUUUCAGUUUCCUCUUUGAUGAAAAAUGUGGCUAUAAUAAUGAGCACCUUUUGUUGAACUUGAAGAGAGACCGGGUAGAGAGUAGAGCUGGAUUUAAUCUGCUCCUGGCUGCAGAACGUAUCCAAGUGGGUUAUUACACAAGCUUAGACUACAUCAUUGGAGAUGUUGGAAUCACAAAAGGGAAACACUUUUGGGCCUUCCGUGUGGAACCUUACUCAUACCUGGUAAAAGCAGGCGUUGCUUCUAGUGAUAAACUACAAGAAUGGCUCCGCUCUCCCCGGGAUGCAGUUAGUCCAAGGUAUGAGCAAGACAGUGGCCACGACAGCGGGAGUGAGGACACCAGUUUUGAUUCUUCACAGCCCUUUACGUUAGUUACCAUAGGCAUGAAGAAAUUUUUUAUACCUAAGUCACCCACUUCUUCUAAUGAACCGGAAAAUAGAGUUCUUCCCAUGCCAACAAGUAUAGGGAUCUUCCUUGACUAUGAUAAAGGCAGAGUGAGCUUCUAUGACAUGGAGCACAUGAAGUGCCUGUGUGAGCGCCAGGUGGACUGCUCGCACACCAUGUACCCGGCCUUCGCACUGAUGGGCAGUGGAGGAAUUCAACUGGAAGAACCCAUCUCAGCAAAGUACCUGGAAUACCCAGGAGACAUGUGAUAGCAACAUCUGAUGUGACUUAGGAUGGAAAUUGCGAGCAAAGCAAUGCCUUAGUGUUAACCUUCGUAACUAAUUACAUAUCACUAAGUAUUCUGUCCCCACACUUGUUACCGUGUGUGUUUCUUCUUAAAACCUGGGACACUCCAGCAGCCUUGUCUCUGCCACGUCACUGUUCUGCCUUUCACAAAUGAGGGGAAUGAAGACAUUCUUUUCUGGUUAAUACUGAAAUGAUUAACUUUGCAACUGGAUGUUCUUUCUUUUUAUGCCCAAGGAAUAACUUAUUUACGUCAGCUGGUGUUGCUGAUAAUUAGUAAUACAUUGGUGGUUUUCUGGGCAGGUUGGGGAUACAAAGUAUUUAUUAUGCUGCUUUUAUGUUUGUGUUUUUUUCAUUUUUGUAUCAUGCUUAUGUCCUAAAAGAAGAUAUUUUUAAAAUGCCUUAUGGAUAGAAAUUAGUGCUAAGCAAUGUGUGUUGCAUUUGUUUUUAAUAGGAAAACAAAGUUCUAGAUAGGUGAAAAGAAAAAGGUCAUACAAAUGGUAGUAUAUGUAAGUAGAAAAUUAUGUAUUUUAUAAUGUGUAACUAUUAAAAGUAUAUUGCCUGGGAAAUUAAAACUACUGUAUUUAUUCCCCCCUCCCCCCAACCCACAGACUGUAUUAUUAAGGGCAUUUUGGGAGUUCCCUUAGCUGUAACACCCGUUAACCAGCAUGGUUAAUGGUUUCUUGUAGGAAACACAAAUUCUUACCUAACACAUGCAACUUCACUUUAUAUAAUUUUUUCUUCAGAAAAUUUAUCUUUACUUUUUAUUACUCUAUGAAAAUAUUUGUGCUUAUAUCAAAGAAUUAUUUUUUAGAAGUAUUGAAGAUGGACUGAUACUGAAAUCAUAUUUUCUUUUGCCCUCUUAUUAUAUCUUGUGAUUUUCAUUUUUUGGCACAAAUAGUGCCUAUCUGAUUUUUCUGGUUUAUGUUUACAUGUUUGAAAAAGUUAAGAUAUACAGGGUGGGCAUAAAGUUCCUGCGCAGUUUACACAAACUUUAUGUCCACCCUGUAUUAUUAGUCUAGAAUUAAAUAUAAAAUAGUUUAUAACGUAUCUUGAGUUUAAUUGUUCAGUUUUAUGGCAGUUUCUAUGGUUCAUUGUUUGGUAAUAAGCAUUUGUAAUAUUAGCGAGUAAAAAUAUAAAUUUAUUUCGGCAUAAUGAAGAUCAUAAAACUGUGCACCCUUUUAAAAGUUGAAAUUUCUUUUCAUUUGAAGAAUUUCAUUUCAGCUAAAUUGUGUAAUUAUCUUUGAAAGCCAUUCUUUUAGGUAGGUGGUUUUUAUUUAAACCGCUUUUUUUUUUUUUAAAGUUAAAAUGUUAGACACUACAUGCCUUUUAGCAGUAAUCAUUUUUAGAAUGCUGUUGACGUGUUUUAACAGAACAAGACUCUUAGGCCUGUUUUUUUAUUUUGUUUUGUUUUUAAUGGAAAUCUGUUAUUCAGGCUGGUAGCAUUAAAUUCGCUUUCUUCUCCCAGCCCAAGUAGAAAAUAACAUGGGGAUUUCAGGGUUUAGCGUUCUUGGUUCCUUUCCCAUUCACAAGUAGCACUUUAUAGCAGAGGCUACACUAAGCAAGUAUUCAGUGCUGUGUGGGUAAUUGUGCAAUAAAGCUGCUAAGGGCACAUGUGUGGUGAAGUCUGAUCCUCUCCCGCCCGUGUAAGGACAUAUCAUGUAGACGUUUUACGAUAAAAAGCUUUAACAGGAAUAGGGAAGGUAUUUCAAAUAUUGUACAGUUGUAUAUGUAAUGUUCUACUGAGUUUCUUUCCUUUUUUAAUAAAAAUUAAAAA